AUGGCGCCUCCGCUGCCAGAUAUGACGGCGUCGCUGCAGGCACCCCCCUUGCUGAAGGACGAGGUCGACAUGACCACAUUCAACCAGAUUGCCGAGAUCGACGACUCGGGCAACAGCUCCUUUUGCAUCUCGCUAUACUUUGACUUCUUUGGCCAGGCCGAGGAUACCUUCAAGUCGAUGCGCUCUGCCCUGGACGUACAAGACUACGACAGGCUCUCCUCACUCGCGCACUACAUCAAGGGCUCGUCAGCGACGGUCGGCCUCUUCAAGAUCCACGACGGCUGCGAGCGUAUCGAGCGCUUCAGCAAGCAGCGCGUGGGCGGCGGCGCCGUGACCUCGCCGCAGGACGCUCAACAGCAACAGAGCACCCGCCAGAUCCGCGACGUGCUGGCCGCGCUGCAGGAACACAACAAGAGGGCCGAGGGCGCCUUCCGGCGUCAUUUUGGCAUGAAGACGGAAGCGUGA